AUGAGUUGCUUAGCAUGGAACUGUCGUGGGCUUGGGAACCUAUGUACAGUGAGAGAGCUCGGGGAGAUAGUUCGGACAAAAGAUCCCUCUUUAGUGUUCUUAGCCGAGACACUAACAGAUGAAGCAAGGCUAGAAUUUGUUCAAGGUGAAGAGAGUGAGUGGAGGUUAACGGGGUUUUAUGGUGAGCCAGAGACGGCUAACAGAAUUGAGGCAUGGAACAAACUUAGGUGUCUUAAUUCCUACCCAAUUUGUCCAUGGCUGUGUUUGGGCGACUUCAAUGAAAUUGUCAGACAAGAUGAAAAGGUGGGGGGUGCUUUAAGGUCUCAUAAUCAAAUGCAACUUUUUAGAGACGUUCUAGAUGAGUGUGGAUUUAUGGACUUGGGAUUUGUGGGUCCAAAGUUCACUUGGGCAAGACACUAUGAAGACGGUAGCUCUAUUUGGGAAAGAUUGGAUAGAGGCUUGGCCACAAAUAAUUGGUUCCUUAAAUUUCCAGGAUCGAGGGUACAUCACUUGCAUUGUGAUUCCUCCGAUCACCAACCCAUCCUUGUUGUCUUUUCGGGUUUGGAACAUCCUAGGAGGAAGAAACCAUUUAGAUUCGAGGAAAUGUGGCUUUCUAAUACUAGUUGUGAAGAGGUUGUCAAAGCCGCUUGGUAUUGCACUAGUGGGGCCGAAGAUGGGAGAGAGGUUUUGAAUAAAGUGGAGAAGUGUGGUAAGGAUUUAAACUGGUGGAAUAGGAAUGUUUUUGGAAAUGUCCGAAGGGAGCUAGAGAAAGCUAAAAAAAUGCUCAUCAAGGCAGAAAGGGAGGCCAUUCUCAGUGGUAAUAAUUUUCAAGUAAGGCAUUUGAAGGCUGAAAUUGAGGUUUUGCUUGAUAAGGAAGCUAUCAUGUGGCAACAACGGUCCAGAUUGUUAUGGGCAAGGGAGGGGGAUAGAAAUACUAAAUAUUUUCACAGUUGUGCAACAAGAAGGCAUCGAAAAAAUUUGAUUGAGAGUAUUAGAGAUGAUGAGGGGGUGUGGAGAGUCCAAUAG